UCACAUGGUAUUAGAGCACAGGUGUUUCUCCUAAGCCUCUGCAUCACACUUUCUUCUCUUGGCAGAUUACUGCAUACCUCGUCCUUACCCAAUACACAGAUUUGACAACACCAACACCUUCGUCUCUUCACGACGAAGCCAACGCCACCAGAUUCAUCAUCAUCUGAGGUCUCACGCGCCUCCACGCGCCACCAGAACAUUAGCCCACGCGCUGCCUCGCUUCAGACGCGCUCUACGCGCCUCCUACACUGACCGGUGCUAUUGUGUGCCACUGCCUCAUCUGCUAACGUGAGCCGCGCAUUUCUGACGUCAGCCGACGUCAGCCCUUCUGCUUCCGUGCGCCGUGUGUCUUCGUCUGCUAACGUGCGCCGCGCCAAUCUAUGCUAACCUGCGCCGCGCAGUUUGACCAGCCGUUGACUAUUUGAUUUUCUGCCUUUCUGGUCAUAUUUUUGGUCCGUUCACUCCUUUUCUAACUAAUUUUGACCAUCUGAAUUCACUGGUAACUUCAGAUUUUUCAGAUUCUACCUCAAUUGUGCUAUUUUUCUCUCAUGGAUCGCCUGGACUCCUCUAAUCACCCUAUUUCCGUUAUUCUUGACGGGACUAAUUAUGUCCUAUGGGCACAAGCUAUGUCUGGCUUUCUCAGAGGAAAGAAACUUUGGCACAUCAUCACUGGGGAUGUACGCAAACCCGUUCAAGAGACCACGGAUUCCGCUGCCACAGACUCCGCCACCAAAUAUGUCGACCGAUUGGAAGAUUGGGAUAUUAAAAACUAUCAGAUCAUCACUUGGUUUCGCAAUACUUCCAUUACAUCUAUCAGCCUCCAGUUUGGUCGGUUCCAACUUGACUCUGCUUCCUCUCCUGCCAAAGCCAUCUGGGAUUUUUUACAAGAACGCUAUCAGACUACUGGCCUUGCUCACCAAUAUCAGCUUCUGAGUCAUCUUCACCGUAUGCGCCAAGAAACAACUCAGAACAUUAAUGAUUUCCUCUCCCAAAUGUAUUAUGUUUGGGAUCAGCUCGCUCUUUCUGAACCUCCAUGGGAUUGUACUACGGAUGCUGCCUUGUUUACUACUUACCGUGACCAACAGCGCUUGGUUCAGUUUCUCAUGGCUCUCACUCCCCGAUUUGAGCCAGUCCGAGCAUCUCUCCUUCAUCGCACUCCUUUACCCACUCUUGAGCAAGCAAUUUCUGAACUCCUGUCAGAGGAAACCAGAUUUGGUACUCUCCAUCCGCACCCUGUGGACUCUGUUCUUGCCACUCCUCAGAUUCGAAGUUCUCCUUCCCCACCUUCACCACAGAAGUCCAAUACCUGCAAUUACUGUUACAACCGCAAUCUUCCGUCAACUCAUCUUCUGGUUCAUUGUCCAGUUCGUCUUUGUCGGUUUUGCAACAAGACUGGCCCUGGUCAUCUCCAGCAAGAUUGCUUCCGCAAUCCCGCCCGUGCCUCUCGCAAUGGUCCUUCCACCGGGAAUUUUUCUCGCAGCCACUCUCACCGUUCUGGGACUCAGUUUAAACCAAUGCCUGCUCAACGCACUGCUGCUGCUGCCUCAGAGGAUUUACCUUCCUCUGUCCCUAUAGACCCUUCCACUCCAGUCUUCUCUCAAACUGAUGUCGAAGCCAUGUUUCAACAUUUUUGGCAGCAUUCCGGUACUCCUCCAUCUACUGCUUUAUCUGCCACCGCAGGACCCUCGGACGGGGCAAACUCUUGGGAUGGGCCGUAAGCAUGGACGUCUCUACGAACU